AUGAAGUUUAUCGAUGAGCUUGAUUUAGAGCUCGUAAAUCAGACGCUGAAUUUCGAGACUUCGGAAACUAAGAUCACUGGUGGGUGUGAUAUUUUCACAACGAAGCCAGUAGCUUCCGAUAAGAAGUUAUACAAGUCCAUUGACCGUCAUUUGGAUUCCCUUCUGCGUGAAAAUGAAUCAUAUAAUUUAGCAGUCGAGCAGCAAAUGAGUCUGGAGUCACAGCGACGAAUAAAUGACCAGCAGCAACAGCAGCAGCAGCACCAGACGCACAAUUUGUAUUCGCUCGAUUCUGAAACGGUGGACGACGGUUCCCCAAGCAACUCUAACUCAAUUUCCUUUUGGGAACAGAAACGGAGGAUGUCUGUUGGCGACAGCCCUCAGCCAAGUACUCCUGUGUUUAAGUCACAUAAGUUGAACGAUCAAAACCUUAAAGACCUAAUGAUGAACACACCUGCUGAAAAUAACGGCUACCUGAGCUCAUCGAGUAUGGAAUCAUCACAGGUAAAUCGACUAAGGCGGACAAGCAGUGCAAGCAGCCUCCAGGGGAAUGAAAAUUCCAGUGGUGUACGCAAGCGUCGAACUAGCAGUAUUGGAAGUAAUGCAAAUGGUGGCUCUGGAGUACCAGUUAUGAGAAAGCAUAGUAUUUCCAAGGAGACGAUCAAUAUUGGGCCGUUUGGGCCAAUUAAUGAAACAGGAAGCAGGCGAACAUUUGCCUAUUUGAUUGCAAUAUUAAAUGCCUCAUAUCCAGACCAUGAGUUCAAUUCUUUAGAGCCCACUGAUUUUGUAAGAAGCUCAAUGAAACAGCUUGUUUCAAAAUUUGAAAAUUCCAUAAUAGCUCUCGGGAAGCAACCACAGGAGUGGAUUUGGGAGACCAUAAAUGCUCAUAUGGAUUUGGGAGACUGUGUGUUUUAUCAAUAUAACCCACAGAGGUCCUUUUUGGAUGAUGAGCCUGGCCAUCUAUGGUCUCUUCUUUGGUUUAUGUUUAACAAAAAAAGGAAAAGAGUGGCUUUCUUCUACCUAAGCGCCUUUAGGCUAAAGAAUGCUCCUUCUGCUGGAAACUCAAUCACCAUCGAUGAGGAUUAUGAAAGUACAACUAAAGGCCAAUAUGCUAAUAGUCAGCAACAACGGUUCACUAUAGAACACAACACGAAUGAGUUUGAGGGAGAGUACGACCUGACAUAUAAUUCCAGUAGUGAAAGUGCUGUACAAGACGAAGGAGUGGAAAUGGUCGACGUGGACUAA